AUGAGCUCGGAUGAUGCGGCGCGUUAUUUGGAGCGCCAGCGACAGACCGCAUCGAACGUGGUGUCCGCGUCGGGCACGCAUCGACGUGCGCUGCGUGAGGGCGAAUGGGCGUGCAUCGACGCGAAGUGCGCCUACAUCAACUCGGAUCGUGUGAGCAUGUGCGAGCGGUGCGGCAAAGCGAAGCCACGCUCCAAGAACCGCGUGGGCCGAGAGAUUGGCAAAGACGCGGCCGAAAAGUCCAAGGGACUGUUCGCCGCCGAGGACUGGGCAUGCACAAAAUGUGGCAAUGUGAACUGGGCACGACGAACAGCCUGCAACAUAUGUAACGCACCAAAACUGGGAGAUCUUGAAGUGAGAACAGGGUAUGGAGGAGGCUACAUGGACCGCCAAAAUGUUGAGUACAUUGAACGGGAAGAUGAUGAUGAGUUUGAUGAAUUUGGGCGCAAGAAGAAGCGACGAAAAGUGGAUGCAAAAGCAGAAGAGGUGUGGGAUUUUGAGCCAAAAAAGAGCGUUGCACCGGAUGACAAUGCUUCGAAUGGCCGAGAUGAGAAAGAGGACGAGGAGAAUGAGACGGAUGAGGGAACGAAUGAAAGUAGUGAAUAUUCAUCGUCUGGUGAAGACGAUGAAGAGGUAUGCAACACUCGGAGGUUUGCCUUUUUUGCUUUCACUGGUAAUUAA